AUGGGGGAUAUGCGGUUCAUUGAUGUAGAUCAUGAUGAUGAGAAAACUUAUACCUUACGAGAAGCAGCAGCAACAAGCAUGCAAAGCCUUCCAGAAGAGCUGCAAGAAGAGAUCUUGGUAAGGUUACCACUGAAAUCAGUCUCAAUUUGUAGGUGUGUGCACAAGCUUUGGCUAAAACUACUUUGUAGCCGCGAGUUCGCUAAGAAUCAUGCUAUUCAUAGUUAUAAUCAAAUUAAUAACAUCCCUGAACUCAUGGUUAGAGAUUAUGAUACAAAAACUAAGAGCCCUUUGAUUUAUUCCAUAGAUUAUGCUUCAAUAUCAUCAUCAUUGUUAUCUUCAUGUGAAUCUUGCAAAGGAGCUUCAUGUGAAUCUUGUAAAGGAGUCAUUUGUAGAGAACCUAUCUUGAUGGAAAAUCCAUUCAAACACAUAGCAGAGAGUAUAAAGAAUAUCCCGAUAGGCCAGAUACGAAAACGUGAUGCUAUGUUUGAUACAAUUGAUAAGAACAAAGUUAGAUAUGGAUUUGGUUAUGAUUGCAGAAUUAGUGACUACAAGUUGGUAAGAAUUGAGGAUUAUGAUAAUACUGGUUGUUUUAACGUUCAAGUUUAUAGUUUAAGGUCAGACUCAUGGAGAAGUACUCAAACCAACUUCCCUUACAUAUUUGCUCUUCAAGCAAGACCUUCUGGAUUGCUUUUCAAUGGCGCACUCCACUGGUUAGGAACCCUAAAAGGCUCAUCUGAAAGCGUAAUAAUCUCUUUUGACAUUAGCAAUGAGAGACUGUGGAUUUGCCAUAUCCAGAGGAAGCCAUGUUACAAUUAG